AUGGGGUAUUAUCUUGCUGAUGGUAUCUAUCCUCGUUGGGUAACGAUUGUGAAAACAAUAUCUCAACCUCAAGGCGCAAAGAGACAACUAUUUGCAAGGAUGCAAGAGGCAUGUCGGAAAGAUGUCGAAAGGGCAUUUGGAGUGCUCAAAGCACGAUUAAAUAUUGUCAGAAUUCCAACUAAAGGUUGGAGUGAUGAGGAUCUAUACAACAUCAUAAAGACGUGCAUUAUUUUGCACAAUAUGAUCAUUGAAGACGAGCGUAAUAUUCCAGAAAAUGAACGCAAUGCAGAAGAACUUGAGACUGAUACCACAAGCUUUCCUACCCAUAGGCCUUUAACCCCUCGCAGAGACACUGCCCUCACCAACAGUUGGAUUGUUAUCAACACUUGGAGUGUUGCCGUCUUCAAGAGAAAUGCAUUUAUCCAUAGGGGAAUCGGGGGAUGA